AUGAACUUGACACAGACCAGGACGCCAAACCGAAGCGUCAACAAAUAUGUCAAUUCCAUCUUCCAAGAUAUCAAGUCUGGCAAAUGGGGUAUUCCCCUCUCACCGGAGCAUUACCAUCCUUUGGUUCGCUGCCGGGCACAAAACGAGGACUUUGAAGGAGCAGAGGCGUCCCUCAUGGAAUGCAUAGACGCAUUCCCAUUCUCCUCUGUACCACCACGGCUUUUCAUUGCCCUCCUUGGCGAGUACCGUCGGUACAAUGACUUUGAGAGCGUAUGGAGGGUAUACCAAGCCUUGAAGGGAGACGGACGAACUUUGGAUCAACGAGUAUACGAACUCGUACAAGAUGUUCUCGUAGAAAGCCCAAAGGCUUUUCUGCGCGACCACAUCUUGGAGCUUCAAGCCGACUUCGAUUCCGCCAAAUUAGGGACCGUGAGCAAACUAUCCCUUCUCCUUUCGACGUUUCUAGCUUUAGGAGAGCAAGGAGAAGCUGAAAAUGCCGCACAAAAGCUUCUCAAAGCCCUUGAGGGCAUCUCAGUAACACGGACCGCGGAAUAUCGCGGCUGGGAUAUCUUGAUACGGUACUCCCUGUCACGGAAAGGUGUGGCUGCUACAAAGGAACUCAUCUCUCUCGCCAAAAAACAAGGAUACCGCCCAGGUAGCUCCCUUUUGCACCGGAUUAUCAUCGACCACGAGUAUACGACUUCCGAGCAACUUCUUGCCUGCGAGGAGGCUCUAUCUAUCGAAGCCGAUGCCAUUGCAUGGUCGCUCCUCGUCCACAGGGCCCUGGCUCUGCACGGUGUUGAUGCUGCAAUCGCUAUCUACGGUGAAAGCAAGCGCCGUGGAAUUCCUCCUCUCGCAUACAUGCUCCAUCCUAUUAUAAGGACACUUGUAGGGGGACAUCUACGAAAAACCCUCGAGUGGAAGAAUCUCGAACGUGCCCUCGUGCUUUAUGAAGAUCUUAGGAAUGCCGCCAGAGAGUGCACCCGCCAUACCGACCUAGGGUCUAUGCAGCAGGCGGAAGAUUCGCCUGCUUCGGCUCGCAUAUCUUCGCAAAAAACGCAGGCCGCCCGAAAAGUGUGGCCAGGUCCAGACUCGAUGAUAUAUGACACGCUAUUGCGGGCUAUUGCGCAGUUGGGACGUACAAUUGAUCCAAACACCUCAUUACCUGUCCAAUUGGCAAACAGAUCGACCCCUUCCAAUCCCCCGGACGACGGAGCUACCCCGAGUGAUGAUUCCUCGCCCUCCCAGAUGAAUCUCUGGGGUCUUGCCCUAAAUCUUUUGGACGAUAUGCGCCAACUCAAUGUCCCAUCGACUCCUAUGUCCACAACGGCAAUCAUCAUCCUCUGUAUGCGCAUUGCACCCACCUUUGGCAGUGCUUUUCAAGUUUAUCGCGCUUUGGUACAUGGUGACCAACUUCGAGAGCGAGCAACACUCGCUGACGAGUUUGAUGGCGGACUGUCAUCGUGGUCGGGUGGUGACCGCUACUUUAACCAGUUCGAACUGAACGCGAUGAGCUACGAGAAUAUCAUCCGCGGCUUUUGUACCUUGAAGCCCAAACACGAAGGUGGUGUUCUCACAUACCCACCGGCAGACCUCUACCUGCAAUUGGUAAAGGACAUGCAGUUGGCAGGCUACAGGAUCACAGAAGACGUAUAUAUGACGUUUCUCUAUCGUUUAGGGCGACAGGCCCGUGCAUUGCGUCUAUGGGAAAAGGAGACCUUUCCCUACUCAGAGGACGAAGUGGAAGGGGGCGAGGAUAUCGAGGCUCUGGACCCCAAGAACAUUGACUCUGACACUUUCUUGGACACCAGGCAGUCUAUCCUGCACAGUAUUCGCACGAUGCAUAACCACAUUGUCCUCAACGCCGGUAUCACACCCUCUAUCGAUCUCCUCAAUGCCAUGCUCGAUGCAUACAAUAAAGUUGCUGCCGUUCACGACGCGUUCAAAGUGUGGGACACUAUUUUUCUCUCACGUAUCUAUAACCAGCAGAGUGUCGCCAUUAUCAUGGAUACAUGUGGAUGGGCCAGAGUCGGGCACAAAGCAUCGCAAAUCUGGAACCAGCUCGUUCAGGUCGAUUUCCCGUUCAACAAAAACGAUUGGGAUAGCCGGGUGGAAUGUCUUUGUCGUGUCGGCAAGUUGGACGAGGCUCUAAAGGUCGUCUGUCUGGAGAUGCCUCUCCAGAACAAGGUCAACCUGUCACAGAUGCCUGAAGAGGAUGCCCCUGAUGUGUCUGUGGACGAUCAGUCACCGCCUUCACGGAUUGCGCGAAAUGCACGCCGUGAAGCGCAGAGGAAGGAACGAGACGUCAUGCCGGACGCCAAGACGUUAGCCGUACUCUUCAGCUUUGCGAGCAAGACGAACCAAGUUGAUGAAGUCAGAAAUCGCGUCAGGAGGUAUUUGCCUCAGGUUUGGCAAUCCAUUCCGGUCAAGCUGAAAAAGGUUUGGACACACGAGCUGUCCUCCAACGGAGAGGAAGGUGUCGAAGUGUCUUGA